GCGAUUCCGCUCGAGCACAACAGGAGGUGACCCGAUGUCAUGGUGUAACGGAUCGCGAAAUGUCACAUCACAUGGUAGUGACCGUUUACCACUGCUCAAUUCCGGGUUUAGCUCUGUUGGACUCAUCUACCUGGGCGCACGAUGGAAAAGCUCUCUGCUGCGUUCAACGCUCUCAAGAAAGCGGCAUCCAAGAGUAAAUCGGCCUCUAUCCAGACUGUUGUCGGACAACUCAGCUCCAUUCUAACUCUCCUCAAACUCUCAUCGUCCUCAGACAAUGUUCGCAAUGAUAUUUCGCAGCACUUUGACAAAGACAACAUUCAAGACACGUUCUCUGCACACCCAAAGUUAAUGCUACAGUUUUGCGCUGCGGUCAUCGACGCUGUGUUCGCGGAAAAGAUUCGACCAGCAAUCCAGAGAAAGAAUUUCGAGCUUCAGAACGGAUGGGAGAUUGUGCAGAAGAGCGUUGUCGAUAGUGCUUUCGAUUUUGUCGACGAAUACCCUACCAAGGAGAACAAGUCCGCCGCUGCGACGGCUCUCUACCCCAAUCUCUGUGACAUAUUCUACCCCACUUCGGGGGCAAACAAGUGCAUUAAUCCUAAUAUCAUCUUCAACGUCAACGAAUUCUUGCUAGCCACCGCCCUUGAUCACGCAGAGAAUCAGAGCAACUUGCGGAGCGAAGGGAUUCUUGGCACCAAACGAAUCGGUAUAUCUCUGUCUCAAAGUCGAGAGUACUUCGAGCUCGAUUCUCUGCUGCGACUCAUUGGUGUUCUCCUACCUGCACGAUCUGCCUCCUCAAAACGUGUCGAAUUCGUCAAUGCCAUCUUCACUCCAGCUCUGUUUCCAUGCCACGCCCGUAUCAAGAGCCUCAUCGCUGCAUCUGGAACAGAAUGGGACCCUGUUUCGACGCAGAUUCUGACGCAGUGCUUUGCGAAAACCCACAUCUCUUUUCCGCAACCCUUCUAUAUCAAGCAGUUCCACACGACGACAGUGGCGCCCAACAUAGUCGAUCCACUCUACAUCGACAACAAGCGGCUGUUCAUGGAGACAGAAUCGGACGACGGGAUGCUUGAUGUGUACCAAGUCCCCUUUUCGAGUAUCGUCGACAUAGCCUUGGGCGUUGAUGACCCGGACGAAUACCUCCCCGUGACAGUACACCUGAACUCGCCGCCGCUGAUUGGCUCUGGAAAAGGUCAAGAGGAGAAAAAGAACUGCAAGAUCGAUUUCCGGCUCAAGAGCUUCGAUAAGGAAAGGUUUCUGGAUGCGCUGCGAGCGAGGGGGAUCGGCAAACUAGUCAAAGACGGCAGUUCAGCUAAUGCCGGACGCAAGAUCUCCGUCCUAUCUGAGGGCCUGAGCUUGGAGUUUGUCACCCCGUCAAGUAUACAUAAGCCCGCGACACAGCAAGAAAAAGUUGCGCAGGUUGAAAAAUUAUGGGAGCAGGGCGAAAUGGAUUCCAGUCAUGGCGAGCCGACAUCUCCACUGCUGGGGCGAUCUACGAAGGAACCAGCAUUGGACACUCAUCAUGAAGCCAUAUCUGGUCAAGACUUGUCGGAAAUCGAGUCAGACAUGGAGAGGAAGAUGAAGUCCAAGGCCGUGUCCCUUACAGACGCUCGACCUAAGUCAAAGCCGGUGUCACAAAUUCGGAAAGAGAAAACUGCACGUCCCGCGCUGGACUCGGACGAUGGCGAUGAGGAGCUCAUGGCAGUCGAUAUCGAAGCCACUCGCAAGUCGCAAAGCAGAGCAAUUUCAGGAAAGAAAGCUGUGGCCUUUUCCGACGAUGUGGAGGACGAGGACGAGAUCAAGAACUUUAGCCAGCCGAGUUCCAGUCUCGAGCUGGGCGUUGCACAGGACGAAGACUUCGUGCCGACACAACCGUCACCGGAUCUACCUCCCCCUCCUGUUCGAGUCACUCGAGGGGCGGCCAAGAGACCUCCCGUUGCUGCUGGUACCAAGAAGAACGAUCACUUGACGUUGUCGGCCGAUGAGGACGAGACAGAAAAGGAAGAGAAGUCUAUUGCUGGUAAGAAGAAGAAGAGCACGAAUCUUCCUGCGGCAAACAAAGUUAUGAACGUGGAUUCGACCAAAAACAAAAUGAAAGGCAAGAACAACCAGGUCGUCGAAGCGAAACACGGGAUCAAACGUGCUGCGGAAGACAGCAACGAGCAAAGUCGAUCUAUGAAACGUGCGAAGGGCGGAGACUCGGAUAUCACACACAGCGGCUCUGCUGCAAUUUUCGGCGUUGGGGUCCCUGCUCCGGCCAUGAAGCGGUAUGGAGGUAAGAAAGGACGCACGUCUUCGCCUGUCCCUGAAGGCGUGGCUGUCGACUUCGACGAACUGCCCGACGUGCCUGUGCCCGCUGCCCCUGUCGCUGUCAAGCAAGAGCCGAAGAAACGCAUCGGCGCAACGAAAGGCAAGGGCGGGCCCAAGGUUAAAGCCAUGAAGAAGGCCAAAGUGAAAGCGGAACAUAUCAAGGUGCGUUCUACUCUUCACGCUCGCGUCAAGAAUCAAGCAUUCCAGAACGAUGCCGAUGUGAAGGUAGAGACAGCCGACAUGUCGAUCCAACCUGUGAAGCCACGCAGCGAUGCCCGACCGAAGCCCAAACCUAAGGCGAAGCACGAUAAGCCCCGAAAGGCGCCCUGGGAGGACAUGUAUCUCCGCGACAGUAGUGACGAUAUGCAGAGCACAGAUGCUGUUGCAGAAGGGAUGAAUAGCGAUGUUGUUAUAGUCGGCGUAACCACAGAUCCAGUGGUAGGAGAUUAUGAUUACGAGGUCCCGAUCAAGGGCCUGACUGCCACCGAUGAGGACAUUGUCAUGCUCGAAGAUCCGCUCAAGACUACUGCAACAUCUUCAAGCGUCAAGACUUGUGAUUUUGAAGGCGAAACAACACUCAAUUUGCCCGGAGUGCCUCGAGUUACUGCUUCUGUCAACGAUCCUGCUGUCAUUCCUGCUAUCUCUGAAUUCAAGAACGCUCGGCAACCAACCCUUGAUGCUCCUGCUUCCUCAACCGCACCUCGUGAACUCAAAUCCAUUUCACUUGCCACUGUCCCAAACGAGCAAUCGCUUGUCUCUCGCUCAACCGCAAAACCUGCCAGUCCGUCGAAAGUCCGAAAGCUCGAGCAUCUCCCUGUUCUGCCGCGUCAAAUUCCUCCGCCCCGGGAGCCUUCCGUUAGUGAUGACUCAUUGCUGCUCAAGUCCAAGUCGAGAACUCCCUCGGUUGUUUCUCCGUCGCCUCUCAAGCCGCGUGCGUUUGAUCUCGGACAGCGGCGGAAGCUGGAAACCAGUUUUGAACGAUUCCCGCUUCAAGUAGAGUCUGCCCCGGCGGCGGUCCGGUCGUCCAAGGAGCGACUCGGAUUGUCGAGACGCACUCAAGAUCCUAUGCAAGGCAUCCUCGAGGUGAGAGAAGCCCCUGCUGCUUAUGUUCAACCGAGUCUGGAUUGCGGGCAGAUCCUGCACGAGAUGCAAGCAGUCAUGGUUGAGAAGAUUGCUGCUCGUUUCGAAGGAGUGCGCCGCGAUGUUCGGCUCGGACGGGACAAUAUUUUGGGCACGGCGGCGGAGAACCUGCAACACAUGUGUGCUGAAAGCGAAAAACACUUCAAUACCCUCGUUGACCUGGAAGAACAAUAUGCCAGCCACCAUCGGAAGAUCAUUUCUGGCCUCGAUGAUCUGCAGCAGAAUUCCGAGACGAUGGCGGAUGCGCUCACUCAGAUUGUUCAGCGUCAUGACCGGCAGAGUCUGUCCAAGAAAUUGGCUGAUAAAUUGUUCACCCUCCCUGCAAGUGUGCGCGAUCCUGUUCUUGCUCUCUGAAGUAAAAUACCGCAUACGGAAAUCCUCUGUCAUGAAAUCGGAA